GAUCACAUCUAAAGCUCCUUCAGGAGGUUGAUACCAGGUGGAACAGCACAUACACCAUGCUGCAGCGUCUGUAUGAGGAGAGAGAGCCAGUUAGUGCUGCCCUUGUCUCAAUGAGAACAGAUCUCACACCUGUCACUGCUGAGGAGUACCACUCAGUUAAAGAGUGCCUGGAGGUGCUUUCUCCUUUUUACACAGCCACUACUGAACUUUCUGGAGAGCAGAGAGUAUCUGGGUCCAAAGUCAUUCCACUUGUCUGCAUGCUGCGGUAUGCAAUUGCUAAAAAACAACCUCAAGUUCUGGAUGACAAAGCCCGCCAGCUGUGCAUGAACCUCACAAGAAUGCUGGGUGAAUGUUCGUCUCACUUGGAAACAAUGAGUGUCAUGACCAUUGCUACCCUGCUUGAUCCAAGAUUCAAGGCUGUGGGGUUUUGCAGUCAGACCAAUGCUCAAGCUGCAGUGAGACGUCUGACUGCAGAAUGUGCCACCAUCAUUGAAAAUGAAAAAGACCAGAUCAUGCCCGUCCCUCCUAUCCCAUCUACCUCGUCACAGCCAGAGCCAGCAACCAGUUCUGCAACUCAGUCAGGUGGUGGGCUGUGGGAUUUGCUGGACAGCCAUAUGGUGGAGAGGCAGGUGAGGAAUGCCACAGCAGAUGCCACAGUGGAAGUACAGAGGUACAUGGCAGAUCCUUUGAUUCCCCGGACAGAGGAUCCGCUCCACUUCUGGGCAACCAGGAAGAAUGUAUACCCCCAUCUUCAUAAACUUGCUUUGCAGUUUAUGUGCACCCCAGCAUCAUCCGUUCCAU